GGAGCGGGGCGGCGGGAGGCGGGGCUGCCCUCAGCCCACCCCGCGCGGUCCCGGCGGAAGGAGCGGCCUCACCGGCUGCUUCCGCCCGGUUUAGGCAGACGCCGCCGCCGCCGCCGCCGCGCUGGGUGUCGGGGAGCCUGCGAAGGGGGAAGCAAACAUGAGGUCGGCGUCAGAAGAGCCAGUCCCAUUACAUGAAGAAUUUAUUUACUGUUGCGGAGCUGCUACCCAUGUCUUAAAGUGUGGGCCCUGGAAGGACCUCUCCAAAGAUGAAAGUAAAAAUCUACCCAGGCUCUUAUUCAUGAUUAUUCCUGGUAACCCUGGACUGGCAGGUUAUUACAGGACCUUUAUACAGGCCUUAUAUUGUGGACUAAAUCAGCAGUAUCCUGUUUGGGUUGUGAGCCAUGCUGGACAUUGUAAGCCUCCUAGUGGCAUGGAAAUGAUAGAAGACACAGAUAUUAAGGAGCUAGAGGAUGUUUUUGGACUUAACGGACAAGUAGAGCAUAAGCUGAACUUCCUCAAAAAGAACGUAUCAAAAGAUAUAAAGCUGGUACUGAUUGCUCAUUCUAUUGGUUGCUACAUCACACUGGAGAUGAUGAAGCGAGCGUCAGAACUUCAGGUUCUUCGCUCGGUGCUGCUGUUUCCGACGAUAGAGCGCAUGGCUCAGUCCCCUCAAGGAAAGCUCAUGACCCCUUUGCUGUGCAAACUUCGGUACGUUCUGUACAUGCCCGUCUACCUGCUCUCCUUUCUACCAGAGGGAGUCAAAGCCUCCCUGGUGCGGUUUGCUCUGCGAGGAAUGAAGACCUGCGAUGAAUCUUCCAUAACAACCUCCGUGAAUCUCUUCAGCGUGGACUGCAUUGCCAACAUCUUGUAUAUGGCAAGCCAAGAAAUGUUGAAGGUUGUGGAGAGAGACAGUACAACCAUAAAGCAAAAUUUAAAGAAGCUGAUUUUUUACUACGGGACGGGAGACAGCUGGUGUCCGCAGCACUACUACGAUGAGAUCAAAAUGGAUUUUCCAGACGGGGACAUUCGGCUUUGUGAGAAAGGGCUCCGCCACGCCUUUGUGCUAGAUGCCAGCAAGGAGAUGGCUGCCAUGAUCACAGACUGGCUACAGGAUGAUCUGACCAAAUUAUAAAUGCGGAUUCAGUGAUUAACAAGAAAACGAUGUAAUUAUUUUGUGAACGUGUAAUUUUUUGUGAGAGAGUCUGUCCUAUUUUUUUCUGUUUAUUAUAGAUUAUGGCUUGUUUUCUAUUGAGAUGUUUUAGAGAAAGUUAAAGAGAGACUGGCUGGUCCAAGUUAUAGUUUUAUUGAUUGAAUGGUGAUGUACCUUCAUCCUGUGUCGUCAGGACUCUGCAGGAGUUGACAGAGGGUGGAAUAUUUAUUGUCUGAUACUAGAUUCACUGGCUACAAGCGUACCUGAGUUACUACCACCCCACUUACCUGCUGGAGAAGUGUCAGGGAUGGGUUUGGGGCAGCCCAGCUGGCCUACUUUAGAAAGAAAUACCAGGAUAAAAAUCCCGCUGUGGAUGGAUGCCGGCAACGGAUCUUGAUAUGCUGCAAAAGGCCUGACCCUCUCCACGCGUCUCAUCCGUCCGUGUAACCCUGGUGCAUGAAGCCAGAGCAGCUCAAGGCCCCAGGACAGCCCUAACGUUGUCUCCUCCAGGUCAGAUGGGGUUGGUGGUCAAUCAGAGGUCAGGCUGAGUUCAGGAUGAGUACAAGGGAGACGCGUGGAUGAGGUGUGCAGUUUCUCCAAGUCUCAGAAUUAGGGCGCUGCCGGGACUCCACAGGGUAUUAAAAAUACCGGUAAUAAGGUAACUGUGGCGGCUCAGGGAGGGAAUACACAUGGAGCUCUUGUCUGGAAUAUGGCCAAGUGUUCCAUUUUUCGAUUGACUGUAGAGAAGGUAAAGAGUGCUGGUCAAAAGUGCCACUGUUAAAAGGUUAAAAUGGAUUGCAGAAUCUAGAUAUAACUACUUAUAGGUGGCCUAGAUCGUGUAAUGAAGUCCAUGGGAACAGUGCUUGCUCAGCAACCUUACAGAAUUGAACCACUUUUGAUGCCUAAAUUUCAGUUCUUUGCUCGAAGGACUGAAGAAUGAAAUUUUCUGCCAAGCCACAAAUUAGAUAAGUUCACUGUGAGGAAAUGGCUAUUACUCUGCCGUGUUUGCAGCCGUGAAAUGGCAUGAAAUGUUAUUAUUGAGAACCAGAUCCUUCCUAUAGCGCAUGGCUGACAACUACACCCGUCCUCGCCUUCGUUCAUUCCUCUCCUUCACAGAUAGCAAAAAAAAAAGCCUAGGAAAAAACAUCCUACCGCUUGUGAUAACAGAAGUUCCAAGCGAUAGCUAGAAAUGAAAAUAAUGUAAGUAAGGGGAGCAGAGCCAAAUGUAACCAGGAAGAGCUUUCUAGCCAUGAACCUGGGAAGCAGUCUCGCUGUGGAGUUUGUAGAGACAUUUAUAAAUAAAUAAAACACUACAGAAUAUAGUCAGGGGAAGUCCUGCCCUUGCAAACAGAUGAAUUUAGAUGCUGCACUGGGUACCUAACUCGCAUGAUUUAUUAACAGCUUUAAUGUGGUACUAGUGAGAACGGUACUGGAGAAUGUUCUCUGUGAUGCAGAAAGACCAAUUAAUUCCUUACUCUUCUUACACGAUGAUAUUCACGCCUUCCACUUUUCUCUAAACCCUCCUGGAAUCUUUCACUGAUUUUAGAGCAAUUUGUACUAGAAUUCAGUUUCUGGAUAUUUUGGACUAGUUUUCAAACCUGCAGACAGACAGUGGAUUUAAGUGACCUUCUUUGUACCAGAAACUGGUUCAGCUUUUGAGACUAGCCAGUGGCUUUUCAGAUGACACUGCCGCGGAAUGAAACAGACACCGAUGCUUGAGGCAGAACUGUUGAGACCGCGCUUGCAGCAGCACGGGGCGGAACCAGACGCGUUCGAAGUGAAGGGACUGUCCCCCCGUGCCACCGAUUCUGUUUACUGGGGAGUCAGGGGACUUUCCUUCUUUCUACAGGGCCGUGUUCAGUCAUGAUCAAAACAAUUCUCGUGCUCAUUUUAGAAAUCUCUUGGUGUGUGUGUCCACGUGUGUUUCAGCAGCCCCCAGGCGUUGGCGUGGAUUCCUCUUGGAGGGCCUUAGGGCAGAUGCUAAAUGCGUGUGUUGGCCUCGGUGCUCCCUGGGGCAGAGUGAAGGGGGGAGUGUUCACAUACAUAUAUAUAUAUGUACACGUAUACAUAUACAUAUGCACACGUUUGUAUGUUAGCAGCAUAAAAAAUACAAUUCAUGUGGUUGUUUGGGUUUACACGUCGUUGUGGUUGAACAAACCCUUUGUUCUUCACGGUGUACGGAAUCGGGUCAUUGAGCCAGGACUCAGUUUGUAAAAGUUCCGCUGUUGCAGUGGAUCUCCUGAGGACAGGAAAAAUCUUGCGUUAACCAAAGAUGACAAGCAACUAUUAACGCCUGGAAACUGAAGCACCUAUGAGAAGCAGUUGUUUACAGUGCAUUAUUCGUAUACUUUGUAUGAGGAAUUAAUUUAGCAAUACUUGUACUUGACUUGUGUAUGCCUUUUAUAAAAUGUUAAUCCGUUAUAAUAAAUCCUACUGACUGCAUUAAGACCUAAACCGCGAUUAGAUCUGGUCAGUGAUGACCAUACCUACUGCAGGAUAAUGCCUUACGAUUUUCUGAAACGAAUUUUCUCUAAGAUUAUCAGAAGCGUAUUGAUUCAAUUGCUACCUUCCUCCCAGAUGCUGUUACCGUAAGGCUGAAAGAUCUGAAAAUUUGCUACUCUAUUCAUUGCAAAAAAGCACGGGUCUAGUUUUCACGGCUGUAUUUCCUAAGGGGAGCAGAUCUCACACAAUGAGAAUCCAGCUCCUCCGAAGCCCGUAGUGUUCACCGUGACCCCAGGCAAAGAGUGUCAAAAGUGCUUAUGGUCCAAGCGUGCCAACUUCCCCUGAGAACACCGCGUGGUCUUGCCUGUUUUAGACUUAUUUUAGAAUUCUUGGGAAACCUAUCGCCAGUUAACUGACUGUGUGCAGUGGCACCUCGGCUCUGUCGUUCACAUUUGUGCUUAAUCCUCACCACGCGCGUUAUCCUGCUCGUUUCAAUGACUUUGACUCAUGUUCAAGUGUUUUGCUAGAUCGAUACCUUUUAUGAGAAAGUACACAAUUCCAAUAACAAAAAUAAAGACAUUUAUGGUAAAAUGGAA